UGGCAACCCAACCUGCACCCAGCGCCUGUCUGACAGCGCGAUCACAGCGCUCCUGGCGACACGCGGUCAAGUCCAAGCUGGAGACGACGGCUGGAGGGUCCAGCCCUCUGACGCUAGCCCCACCAGAUCUUUCGAGCUCCCCAUCAUGGCGGUCCUUCGGUGACGGCAGCACUACUCUCGACCUUGCCCCAGCAUUGGCGCCUCGCCGAUCACGAUGAUGAUGCCCCUUCGCGACAUCUGAGUAGCGGCGCUGGUCACAGUGGACCUCCAUGAACAGCUGGCAUUGGUGAUGGCUUGUCUGGGGCUGCGGAUUGCCAUUUGAGAAGCGGUCAUGGGACGGAACGUGGCUGCCACGAUGCUCUCGCGCAUGGCCCAACACAAGGAGCACGAGGUGCUGCAGCAUUUACUGCAGUCGCCCGACCCUCUACCUGGCAUCGACCUUUUGGCGAUCGACCAGAAUGGCGACUCGGUGCUGUCGCUCGCGGCGCUGCGCGGCAACCUUGCGCUCGUUCAAGCUAUCGUGACGUCUGCGUCUCCCGACGCGCUGGCCCAGGUAGCGUGGACGACACUGCAGCGCGCAGCGGCCAACCCGCACCAAAGCGUCGUCGAGUACCUCUGGCACGUGCUCCCGAGCAGCGCGACGCUCGUGUCGCCCAGCACGGGCAACUCGCUUCUGCACGAAGCAGUCGAAGGUGGCCACCUCCAACUCCUUCGUUGGCUGGUCCCUCGCUGUACCGAAGCGCUCGACGUCUGCAAUCACGCGGGCGAAACCCCGUACCUGACGGCGCUGCGUCACGUCGACCAUGCCAGCGCCGAUCUGCUCAUCGCCGCGGGUGCCAGCACCCAUGUCUGCAGUGCGACGGGCGACUCGGCCUUGCACUACGUCCUCCGCUUCCCGCCCAAUGAAGACACGCUCGUCGACGCCGUCGAGCGACUCUUGGCCGACGAUGUGCGCGUCGAUGCUACCAACCACGCUGGGGAGCGGCCGCUGGACCUGACAUCGAACGCUCGCAUCCUCGAGCUAUUGCACACGGAGAUGGCCUUCCGCACCGACUUUCCGUUGCACUGCCUCGUCCGGAGCAAGAACCUCGACCGACUGGACGCGUGGUUUGCAGCAAUGCACCUCGAGCAUCCCGACCAUGCUGAAGCGGCGAUUGCUAUGGCGCUCACAACGCCCAAUGCGCACGGCCGGACGCCGCUCAUGUACGCCGCACGCAUCUUUGACGAAGCAGCCGAUACGAACCAAGCCAUCUAUCGCAUGCUGCCGCACGUGCCGGCCGACGCGAUUGCCGCCAAAGAUCAAGAUGGCAAGACCGUGCUCGACAUGCUUCUGCGGCGCGUGCUCGUCUGCGCUACGAACGCGCAUGGCGCGUCGUCGGCGCCCCUUCUGCGAGUGAUCCACGCGGUGUGUCGGAAAGGCCAUGUCGCGAUCGACUUUGCCCACUUGCCGCCCGAGUACCUCCAUGCAACGCGGUCCCUCACGGGCACGGCGCCGUGCGAGUGCAUUGGUGAGUGCAAAGACACAGCGUCCGUCGACGCCCUCCCGGGACUUGCAGCCCGGCGCAACUGGACCGAACUGCGCCGCCUGCUUCAGGAACCACUGGCGGCGGAUGUGAUCAACCGAACCGAUGCGUGGGCGCGGGGGGGCUAUUCGGUGCUGCACCACGUGUGCAGACUCGGGCACCUCGCGACGCUGAAGUUGCUCCUCGCGCAGCCGCAUUUAGAUCUGGACGUGCGCUCCGAGAUGGACGGUCGGACGGCGCUGGAGCUCGCAACCGAAGCCAACUACGUCAAGAUCGUCCGCCGGCUUCUCGCGGCGGGGGCCGAUCCGCAAGUCAACGAAGAUCUCGACGAGGCGAGUUUGGCGCACUUGCGUUUCGAUGCGAAUGAAAGCCAGCAGCUCGUGUACGACCGGUGGGAGCUGGCGUACUACCACCGCGGCUUCUUCCUUGUCAACCUUCCGAAUGUCGGCGCAGUGCGCAGACUUCUCGCGGCGCACCAAACUCCACUGCAUGUGGCCGUGCAACUCGAGUGCUCGGACACGACGCUCGACGAACUCUGUGAUACGGGCAUCGACCUCGACGCGCAAGACACGCACGGCGACACGGCAUUGAUGGUGGCGGCGAGUAUCGGAAAACUCAAGAACGUACAGUUUCUACUGACAAAAGACCCGAACCUCGACCUCCAAAAUACGACUGGCAAAACGGCGCUCAUGCUCGCGGCCGAGCAAGGCCAUGUCUCGAUCGUCAACGCCCUCCUCGAGCAGUCGGCGGAAAUCACUCCACGGGACAAGGACGGGCUCUCGGUGCUCUCGCUUCUCGAAGCGUGGCUCGCUGCGCAGGGCCAAACUGUGGACAACAUCAAUGUCCCGCAGGCGCAGUGUCUUGCGCUCCUCCAAAAGGAGCUCCAAGUCCGCGAAAACUCACCCGAGUACUUGGCCAAGCAAGCCUUGGGCAUGGUGACCCAGUCGGUCGACCAUGUCUUCAACCACGGCGGGUUUGCAAAAGCCAUUGCGAUCAGCGCCGAGCUCGGUGUCACAUUUCUCAACGACUGCAUCACGCUGCGUCGUCAUGAAGCCGAGUUUCACCACAUGGAGAGCGUCUACGGUCGAACGGCCAAGGACAGCGCGCUGUACGCGGUGCUGCACCUGGAUCUGAACGACGCGGACGAGACGUUUGCGACCAAGAAGGCUCUUUUGGAGCAUAUUGUCUUCAGUCGGCUCCUCGAGAUCAAGUGGGAACUCUUUGGGAAGCGCAUGUACCUCCAGCAGCUGCUCAUGAACCUCCUGCUGCUCAUAACGAUGACCACGGCGUCGUUUCUCGGCAGUGACGAGACGCCGUCGACGACAGCAUGCCUCUUUGGCCUCUCGGCGUGCCUCUUUGUGGGCUUUGGCUACUGGAUGCUGACGCGCUUGGAGCCCGAAGCGCUGUGGAUCGACGCGCGCUACGAGUACGACGGCAGCUACGAGCUCGACCCGAACGUCGUGAUCCCCAACUUGCGCGGUCGCAAGCACGUCACCAUCAUGAUUUCGUACCUGGUACCUCUUCUGCUCACGGUCCUCUGCUCGCUUCUUCUGGUCGUCUUUGCGCCGUAUCUGCACCUCUCGGUGUGGUUUCCGACCUUCAACGACUUGAUGCUUUGGCUCACAGCGCUCUACUUUGUCUACACCGAGUGGCAAGAGAUGAGCGUCGGGCUGCUCAUGUACUUUCGGUCCCACAUGAACAAGGCGCAGCUGCUCGUGUACGUCGUCAUCCUCGUGGUCUUUGUGCCCAUCAAACUCAACUGGAUCCCGAUUUCGCCUGAGAUUGAGUUUGGUCUCUCGGGCUUCCUCACGCUCGCGCUCUGGGUCCUCUCGCUUCAGUUUCUGGAGGUCGUGCCGUCGGCCAGCUUCUUGAUGCCCAUGAUGUCGGACCUCUUUGCCGACAUUUGGAACUUCUUCAUCCUCUUCAGCGUCUUCCAAGUCGGCUUUACGCUCACGUUUUACCAGCUCUUCCGCGGCAUGGACGACAGUCUCCACAAGUUUGGCAGUCUCGCCCAGUCGUUCAUGACAACCUACUACGUCUCAUUUGGCGAGCUCGCCCUGGACUCGCUCGAUGCAUUUGGCGCGUCGGAAGAAGCCAACGCCUCGAUGAUGUACGUGGCGACGGCAGUGUUGAUGAUGCUGCAUGUGGCCAUCAUGGUCAUCAUCCUCCUCAACGUCUUGCUGGCGAUGAUGAACAAGACGGUCGACGGCGGUCUCGAGAAGGCCAAGACCCAAGCGUUGAUCAGCUACGCGCAGUGCAUUUUGCGCUUGGAGACGUCGAUGAACCUCGAUGAAGCUGGCACGCACGACCUCAUCUACCUCAAGACCCAACCCGACGACGCUGGCGACGAAAAGACACCUCUGGUAGCGCCGCGCGAGUGGCUCAACCCGAUCUUCACCGAGCGUGUGAGCAAGUCCGACCUGCGUCUCUCCGAGCUCCAAGCCACUGCUUUGCAAAAGGUCGCAGCGGACCGUGAAGUGUGGACGACGCUCAUGGCUCGCCUUGAUGCGACAAUCGGCAAGGAGCUCGACUACCUCCGCGACGGCUUCCUCCACGUCCAGCACUUUACGUCACUCGCCGUGACAAAGGUCCUUGCUGUCGAUCUCAAGCUCAUCGAGACGACUCGAAGCCAGCUCCAGGCCAUCGUCGACAGCGCGCGCCAGAGUCGGGGCGAGUUUCGAGACAAGGUCCUCCGCAAGCUCGAGCGGCAAGCAGGCCGAGAGCUCGCCAAGCUCCAGCAGCAGCUGCUCCGACUCUGGAAGCCCAAGUUUGACAAGGAAGAGAUGAACGCGCGCACCGAGUGCAUUUUGAUUUACCAAAUGGCGCAGCGCUCGACGAUCGAAGCCCAGCUGCAGACGACGGUCGAGGCCAUUCAAAGUGACGUGAUGAACGCUGUUUCACCCCAGGAAUGUGACAAGACGACCGAGACGACCGCGCUGCAAGAUCAAGUGGUCGCGCUCCAGGCACAGGUGCAGAUGCUUUCGGACAAGAUGGACGCGAUGCUGUCGAUCAUGACCAAGAAUCAAACCGUCGUCGGUGCCAAACUUGCGUAACCCUAAUCACGACCUAAUGCUGCGGCAGUAUGCAUUUUCGGACGCUGUCGUUGAUGUUCUCGUAACCAGCGCAUCGUUUUGAUCAUCGUUCAUUCGGUAUUUAAGUCUCGUCUUUGUC